ACCUAUGUCACCCUGUGACUGUCGACUUUCUACUCCAUCACAGCUCUGAGCCGUCGCAGCUACACUUCCCGUCGAUGUUUACGCCUCAAUAUUCAAGAAUUCAAGCAAUCAUCAACGUUAAAUAUUCCUGGCUCUUUUCGUGCUGCUAGCUUCUAAUACGACGGCGAUCAUCUAGAAAUCCAUACUGAUACAUGAACUAUGGGUAAAAAGGAAAGAUUUCGUGCCCACGUAUGGUUCCUUUCAAGUUUAAACCCUGCUGUCGUCUCGUUUCCAGGGCACAACGCAUGCUAUACUUUUCGUUGAAAAGAUCAGUGUGUUUUGACUCCCUUCAUACUUAGCUCCCUUCAUAGAGGGCGUCCUCAAACUAUGCCUAUCUUCGAACCUCCUUCAUUCCACUCCACAAUUAUCCCUGUCCCAGGAACUUUAGUUGUCGGGACCAUGGCUGUUCAUUCUAUCCAAAAAGGUUGUCUACAUUCCCACCUAAGAUCCAUCUUUACUGAUAGGUCUCCCACCGAAAAAAUGAUGGAACAAACGGUCCUUACUCUAUCGUUCAACAUAGUUCCCGUGAUGGCUCUUAAAUUCCGAUUUAAAUGCCUUCAGUACACUGACUCGCCUUCGGUUUCAUGGUCUUCUAUUCACAAUCAUGACCACAUUGCUACUCCCGCUUCUCGUCUUUGCGUUCACCGGCUCUGGGAUGGCUCAAGUCUCCAGUGGGACGAUGUUCACGAUUGAGGUCGGUCGGAACGGCAGCUUCUUUGUCCCAGACUCGGUGAAUGCUCGACUGGGAGAUACAGUUAAAUUCAAUUUCUUUGCUGCAGCUCACGGUGUCGUUCAGACAUCGUUUGAGAACCCUUGCGAACCCCUCCCAGGCGGAUUCAGCAGCGGAGCCGUUGAACCCCCCGAUGGAGAAUUUGAGGAAUGGACUCUACAAAUCACUAAUACUUCCACAAUAUGGUUCUACUGCCCCAUUGGGAUUCCUGUUCCGCAUUGCAGCGCUGGGAUGGUUGGGGCAAUUAACCCAAUCGGUGAAAAGAUGGUAGAGGACUUCAAAUCUGCAGCAAAAGCGUUCAAUGGAACAGCUCCGACACCAUCUCCUCUCUUUACAGGUGUCGGAGCAGCAGCUACCGAAACCCCAGUUGUUGCCGCCGGCAGCGCCCCUCCUUUCCAAAGCGAUUCCUCCUCGACCACGAGCUCCGCAUUCUCUUCAAAGGUAGAAUCGACUAGCUCGUCCACCAGUGUUCCAGAGACUUCAUCGUCAAAUCACACACCAGCAAUCAUCGGCGGAACUGUAGCAGGCCUCGUUGCACUUUUCGCUACCAUAAUCGUCGUCAUUAUCCUGCGCCGACGACGUCCACACCCUACAAGCCGACAAGGUCAUCAUACAGUCGAAUCUCAACACUUCCCGCCUCCAACUUCGGGAGUGUCUGAUACGUUCAGGAGAAAUAUUCAAACACAAUUCUACCCAGUAAGAGCAGAAGACAAUCUCCCAUCUAUUGGGUAUGGUCAUGGUAGAAACGAUGCUGAUCCACCGUCGUCGACGUCGUCGAACGCACGAGCACUUCAUAUACGAAACCAGGACAGUCAGGGGAAUUUGGCUGCGGGGACGGCCGUUGUGCCUAUUUCUUCUGAACGGAAUCAGCAUCAGCUACAGCAGCAGCGGCAUCCUUAUGCCGAACCUGGUGUGAACGUUGAUGUGGCGGAACAACGAGAACUUGUCGAGCCGGGCGACGGAAGAAGUGAGGAUAUCAACGCUUUGGCGAAAGAGGUUGCGGCUGUAUUGCUUCGUGGACAGAAGAGUUUAGUUUCUUCCAGAACGGACGAUGGGAGUGUAAGUGGGAGUAGUGGGAAUUUAGAGGGACCACCGCCUAAUUACAAGUCUCGGGGACAUAGUACUCUUAACUAA